AUGAGCGGCUACAAUCCUUAUGCCUCAGGGCACGGGCACCAAGGCGAUGGCAUGCAGCAGAUGGACAUGUCGGCCAAUGGGCAAAUCAUGGCCCAAGGACCCGUUAUGGACGCCAUGCCUGGACACUCUCUCGACGAUAUCGUCAGUCAAAACGCCAAGCUUAUGCGAAGACAAAGCAUGUCCCAAGGCUUCCAUCCCGGCCAGCAACAGCAGCAGCAGCAACAACUCCCACAGACGCAGCCUAUGGAUACCGACGACCCGAGGCGAAUGUCCAUGAUGGAAUUCACCGGCACUUCACCAACUGGCCCUCUGGAAUCCUACCAGUUCAGCCUCCCAAACUCCGACAUGGUCGACGCUACAGCUUUCAUGGCCGCCAGUCAAGUGAAUCCGGCCAUGGCAAGCAGACAAUCCUCUAUUGGCGGAGCCGACCUGGCCAUUGACAAUGGUUUCGCCCCAACAAGCUCAUACAUGCCAAUGAUGCCACCCACCUCGUCCUACCAAUCUCCUGCAAAUCUCUCCAACAAUAUCGACAUGGACCUCAACAGUCCCUACAUCAACACUCCUAUGCACAUGUCAUCUCUCGGUUACAACAGCCCAAAUAUCGACCGUCCCGCGCCCAUGUACAGCCACAAUUCUUAUCACGGCAUGAUGAAUUCUCCUCUCCAUACCUCUGUGCCCAGUCACAUGUACCGCCAAUCUUCGGAGCCUGGCGGAAAUCCUAAUCCUCCCAAAAGACCAUCCCUCGAGCAUUCACAUAGCCGAUCAUCAACAAGUCAGACCAUGCAAAACACCCAUCAACAAUCACGUCAACCUACGCCACAACGACAAAACAGUCGGCCAUCACAAAAUUCAAGACAACAUUCUGGUUUCAAAGCACAGCCUCAAAAUCCUCAACCUGGCUCGCGUCAGGAUGUAGGCAUGGAUAGAGGUCGUAAUACAAACUCAAAGCCAGACCGUUCACCUGACCCAUCGAAGUACAACCCGAACAACCAAGGGUUCAACUGGCCUACGCCCGAAGGCGGAUGGCCAUCUACAAUGACGGGCAAACCCCAUAUGCAUUCCCAGUACAAAAACGCGUACUCUUCAACCGGUUUUGAUAUGCUUGGAGUUUUGAUGCGUGUCGCGACUCGACCAAACCCGGAAAUCAACAUUGGGUCCGUCGACCUGUCUUGCGCCUUCGUAGUUUGUGAUGCGGAGAAAGACGACUUCCCCAUCGUGUACUGUUCCGACAAUUUCGAACGACUUACUGGCUAUACUCGACAUAUGAUUCUCGGCCGAAAUUGUAGAUUCUUACAAUCUCCCGACGGCAAUGUCGAAGCUGGAGUACGGCGCAAAUAUGUUGACGACGAUUCAGUACUCUACCUCAAAAACAUGAUCAAUCUUCGUCGGGAAGCUCAGAUCUCGCUUAUCAAUUAUCGACGAGGUGGCCAGCCUUUCAUGAACUUACUAACUAUGAUCCCGAUCUCGUGGGAUACCGACCAGGUCAAGUUCUUUGUUGGAUUCCAGGUCGAUCUGGUAGAGCAACCAAACGCCGUGACCGAUAGGAACCCCGACGGCACCUAUGCCAUCAACUACCAAAGAGGCAUGACGAUGCCACGUUACGUCAUGAACGCUCCAGAGUCAACUGCCAAUAGAGGAGAGCUUGGCCAAACUAUACCGAGAGAUGAUGUUUCUGCUAUCUUGAGCACUAUUGGAACUGGAGAAUCCGAUUUCGCCAAACGAAUGUGGGACAAGGUUCUUCUCGAAAAUACGGACGAUGUUAUCCAUGUUCUCUCUCUCAAGGGAUUGUUCCAGUGGAUCUCCCCAUCGGCGUCAAAGGUGCUCGAGUAUGAACCCGGCGAGAUUAUUGGCACAGCACUUUCAUCCAUCUGCCACCCUAGCGAUAUUGUGCCAGUCACCAGAGAUCUCAAGGAUACCUCUACCGGAGCAUCAGUCAACGUCGUUUUCCGUAUACGCAGGAAGAACAGCGGCUACAUGUGGUUCGAAGGCCACGGAUCGCUUCAUACUGAACAGGGCAAGGGUCGCAAAUCAAUCAUCAUGGUUGGAAGAGAGCGUCCAGUCUAUGCACUUAACAGGAACGAGCUGAUUGGGAACAAUGGAGUCGGCGAAAACGAACUAUGGACUAAGAUGUCUACGUCGGGUAUGUUCCUAUUCGUGUCUUCGAACGUAAGACAAUUGCUCGAUCGCCAACCGGACGAGCUUGUCGGUGUGAGCAUCCAAUCUCUCAUGAGAGCAGAUUCGAAGGCCGAAUUUGGGCGUGUCCUCGAGCACGCGCGUACAGGCAAAAAGGCGUCUGUCAGACAUGAGAUGAUCAACCGUCGCGGACACGUCCUUCAAGCUUUCACAACAUUGUAUCCUGGAGAUGCAACAGAGGGUCAAAAGCCGACGUUCAUCGUGGCCCAGACACGUCUGAUCAAGCAUCAAAGGGGCAAUUCAUCAUCCCGACCUGCGCUGAGCCAACGUGGAUCGGAAUCUGCGCUUUCUGGCAAAUACACACCUGCAACCCCGAUGCUCUUAGGUGACAACACCCCACAGUCCUUGACCCAGCUUCAGUCAACAGAUGGUGCAGCUCCCACUUACUCGGGACAGAACGGACUCCAGCUUGGUCGCCAAGAUGGAGCAUUGGCCUCGGAAGACAAUCUGUUCGAUGAGCUCAAAACGACCAAGUCGUCUUCGUGGCAGUACGAGAUCAGACAGCUGGAGAAGAAGAACCGCAUGCUAGCAGAAGAAGUACAGUCUUUAUUGGCUGCCAAGAAGAAACGAAAGAGGAGAAAGGGUGCUGGUCAGAUGCAGAAGGAUUGCGCCAACUGCCACACCAGAGUGACGCCCGAGUGGAGGAGAGGCCCAAGCGGACAACGAGAUCUUUGCAACAGCUGUGGUCUAAGAUGGGCCAAGCUGAACGGCAGGGUAUCACCUUGGACCAACUCACAACACUCUGUACACUCGACAACAUCGGAGAAGGCUUCGAAGAAAUCCCAAUCUCCCAUGCAUCCGCCUGGUGUUCAUGGCGUCAAGACAGAGCAGACGACGCCUCGUCAACAGCCGCUCGACGCACUUGCCCAACACGGCCAGAACACCAAUGCGACUACCGGAUACGUCAAUGUCACAUCACCACAGCAACACCACGGACCCACAGGACAUGCGGCACACAUGGAAGGCGCCAGCAGGGUUCCUGAAAAGAUCGAAGAAGAGUGA